UUAACUAUUUAUAUAGCGACGAUGAAGUGCUUUUUGCUUGGACUACUGCUUAUAGGCUCGGUAUUUGCAAAGCCAGAUACUUCGCUCUAUGAAGAUGGAGUGGCAGCGGCUAAAGAAUUCCAACCAGAAUCACGUAUCAUCGGCGGUGAAGUCGCGUCUCAAUCGUUGAAGACAUCGUGUUUGGUUUCACUGAGUGUAUCGUCCAUUGCCUACGCACAUGUCUGUGCCGGUGCCAUCAUUGGCAAGGAAUGGGUGCUGACAGCGGCGCAUUGCCUGAAAGAGUUGGAGCGUAUAGCUGGAGAUGUGAUUGGCCUGCCAGUCUACGCCGGUUUAAAGGAUCGUUCCAAUAUUGAGAAUGCACAAAUUCGUAAUAUCGACUUUGCUUUUUCACACAAGCUAUUCAAUGUCAGUGAUGAGAGCUCACCCGAUAUUGCGCUAUUGCACUUUUCUCAAGGUUUCAACUUCAGUGUUGAUGUGAGUCCCGCUGUUUUACCAUACCGCAAGGAGUCAUAUACGAACAAAACAGUUGUGACCUAUGGUUGGGGUUUGACUAAACCUACAGAAACAGCAUACAUAAAAGAAUUGCAAGUAGCCCGUUCGGAAGUGUUGCCAGAAGAACAGUGCCGUGAACAACUACCAGAGGAUGCUCCACUAGGUGUUGAACAAAUUUGCGCCAAAACAUCGGCUUGUUUAGGCGAUGGUGGCAGUCCAUUAGUGUAUGAAACGAAAGGUGGCUCUGAAUUGGUUGGUAUUACCUCGUGGGGCUACUUGCCAUGUGCUGUAAAAAACCGCCCAACGGUAUAUACCGAGAUUUCACAGUACAUUAAAUGGAUUACUGAUGUUCAGUGGGCUUACUAUAUUUUGUAUUAAAUAGAAUUUCCUGUAUAUCUUCAAAAUAAAAUAGUUUUCGUAUAUAUGUA